AUGAGCACGCCGUUCGAAUCAGACAAGGAUCUGAAGACCGACUAUGGCGUCAGCGAAGCCGUCGACGCCAGGCCCACCAAUGGAAAUCCAAAAGAGAGAGUGACCUUUGCGACGGCAGGAGUGGAGUCUUUCUACGUUCCAAUCGAUAGUUACGAAGGGCGCCAUCGCUAUGAUCCGAAGUUUGAGUGGGAGCCGGCGGAGGAGAGGAAGGUUGUGAUGAAGGUGUGCUUGAUGUUCUUCGCCCUCCAGCUUGACCGAGGGAACAUAUCGCAAGCUCUAAGCGACAACAUGCUAAAAGACCUGAAAAUGAACACAAAUGACUACAACUAUGGCCAGGCCAUUUUCUAUCUCUGCUUUCUCUUUGCAGAGGUCCCGUCUCAGCUCGUGUCGAAGAAGAUCGGCCCAGAUAAUUGGAUCCCGAUCCAAAUGGUUUCUUGGAGUUUAGUCGUUAGCAUGCAAGCAUUCUUGAGUGGAAGGUCGUCAUUCUGCGCUUGCCGGGCAUUGCUUGGCCUAAUUGAGGGUGGCUUCAUCCCGGACAACAUCCUCUACCUGAGCUAUUUCUACACAGGGUUCGAGUUACCAGCGCGGUUGAGUUGGUUCUGGGUGUCGUACUGGUUCACGCAAAUUGUUUCCGCAUUCUUUGCAUACGGUGUCUUGCAUCUCCGCGGCCAUAAUGGCAUGGAACGCUGGAGGUGGCUUUUCGCCCUUGAAGGCAUGCUUACCGGCGUCAUCGGCAUAAUCUCGUACUUCUAUCUCCCGCCUUCUCCAACGCAGACCGCGAGCAGGUUUCGCGGAAAAGGUGGAUGGUUCAACGAACGAGAAGAGAAGAUCAUGGUCAACCGCAUCCUCCGAGACGACCCUUCCAAAGGCGACAUACACAACCGCCAAGCCAUCAGCUUCCGCAUGUUCUGGGACUGCCUCCAAGACUACCACAUGUGGCCCAUCUACCUCAUCGGCCUCACCUGGCUGAUCCCCUCCAACCCCAUGACCGCCUACCUCACGCUCCAACUCAAAGCAAUCAGCUUCAGCACCUUCGAAACCAACCUGCUCACCAUCCCGGCCUACACCCUCUUCAUCAUCCAACUCCUCUUGUGGACCUGGAUCUGGGCGCUGCCGCUCGUCGUCGCCCUCGAGCUCGUCCCCGCCGACGCCUCCCACUGGGCCAAGUACGCCCUCUCCAUCCUGCUCGUCGGGCAGCCCUAUGUGCACGCCAUCCUCGUCGCCAUCACGUCGCGCAACGCCGGCACCGCGGGAAAUAUCAUUAGCCAGAAUAUUUACCGGGAUGACGAUAAGCCACUGUACCGGCGCGGGAAUAAGGUGCUGAUUGCGAUUUGCUACUAUAAUUUUGUGCAGUUUUUGGGGGUGAAGUGGUUUUAUGUGUGGGUGAAUGAAGGACGUGGGGGGAUGAGUCAGGAGGAGAAGGAGAAGUAUUUGCAGACGACGAAGGAUAAGGGGAACAAGAGGCUCGAAUUCCGCUUUGCGCACUGA